AUGUUGAACCGCCAGCAAGAAAAUCCAGAGUGGAAUCCUAGAUCUGAGCGUGAAGUUCAGCCACAUGACCAGCCAGCUCCAGAACCCAAAAAAUUAAAGCACUUUUUUGGUCCUGCAACAUUUUAUUGUGUUGAAACAAUUUGUUGUCCAUGUGGUGUUGUUGAAGCAUGGGCAAAAUUUGCCAAAUCAGAGUCAGAGUCAAACAUUCUGGCCUUUAUGAAGAAGGUUUAUCCUACAAAGGAAUCACGUCCAGAUUAUAUUUGCAUUGAUAAAGCUUGUAAAGUGCUUAAACAUAUGGCUGCACAAGGUCACUGGGAUGAGUGGUCAGAAACAACACGAUUGAUAGUUGAUACUUUCCACUAUGAGAAACAUUGGAAAGAAGAUGUUCUUUGUCGAAAAUGGUGUAAUCCAGCUCCCACAGAUGGGUCUGCUCCAAAUUUAGUUAUAAAAGCCAUAGCUUCUGAUGGAUCAACAUAUGACAAACGAGCAUUUAAUACUCAGGCCUGUGAACAACUCAAUGCAUGGCUUGGAGGUUUUGAAUCAGUCCUCAAGAGAAUGACACCUCAAAACUACAACUGGUUUAUUCACACGAUGCUUUCUUAUCACACUAGAAAAGUUAUUGCCCGCCAAGCCAAAAAAGCAGCUAAAGUGAUGCAGGAAGAGGAAGGUGAUGAUACUGAAGAUGAUGAAGCUGAGUAA